CUCCUAUUGGGAGGAAUUAAAAGUGUGGGAUCUCUUUCUCUCUUUUCACAUGCUUUGCUUCCUCCUUGAAGUCCUGCCCUGCCAGCCUCAGGGGAGCUGGUGAAAGAAAAGAAGAAACGGGGGGUGCCUAAUCCCCAUAGGCUCUGGAUGGAUUGGAAUGGGGAAGUCAGCCUGCAGUACGAGCCCACAGCAACUGGAAAGCACCUGCUUCAUCCUCAGAGCACUCUUUCUCCUCCUCUGCUGCAAGCAUGCUUGCUGCCAGUGCAAGAUCCUGCGCUGCAACGCUGACUACGUGGCCGCCACCCUCAACCUGCGCGGCUCCAACAAGGACACGGCUUACUGCAACGCCCUGCGCUCCUACUCCCACUGCACCCGCAAGACGGCCCGGACCUGCCGGGGCGACCUGGUCUACCACUCUGCCGUCCACGGCAUCGAGGACCUCAUGAUCCAGCACAACUGCUCCAAAGAAGGCCCCACGUCGCCGCCGCGGCCCCGCCCACCGGCGCCCAACCACCAGGGCUUUGAGUCCCUGGAUAUCUGCAACUAUGAGAAGAACUUCCUCUACAAGCAUGGCCAGCCCCCCACCUACCAGCACUGUGCAGCCUUUGGGGACCCCCACGUCCGCACCUUCCAUGAUGAGUUCCACACCUGCCGAGUGGAGGGCUCCUGGCCUCUCCUGGACAAUAACUACUUGUUUGUGCAGGCAACUAGCUACCCGGUGGCAAAGAGUUCCAACGCGACUGCCACCGGCAAGCCAAGGGCAGGGCCCUACUGCGCUGGGUGCUGCACAAACAGAGAGUUUCCCAGUCCCCCAAAGAGCUCACAAUCUCAACAGCCAAGACAGACGGCCACUGGGUGGAAGGGAAGCAGUUUGCCCAAGGUCCGGCAGCAGCUCACAAUCAUAUUUAAGAACAUGAAGGAAUGCAUCGACCAGAAGGUCUACCAGGCCGAAAUAGACAACCUGCCGGCUGCCUUUGAGGAUGGGUCGGUGAACGGUGGCGAGAGGCCGGGGGGGAGCAGCCUGACCAUCCAGGAACGCACGCCCGGGCAGCACGUGGAGAUCCGGGCUGCCUACAUUGGCACCACCAUCGCUGUGCGUCAGGCGGGCCGGCAGCUAUCCUUCUCCAUCCGGGCAGCCGAGGAGGUGGCGCGGGCCUUCACCGAAGAGCAGGAUCUGCAACUCUGCGUUGGCGGCUGCCCGCCCAGCCAACGCAUCUCCCGCAGCGAGUGUCGCCACAGUGGGAUUGCCGCUGAGACGGCGCGACUGCUGUGCAAGGAGAAGCUGCCGGUGGAGGACGUCUACUUCCAGUCAUGCGUCUUUGACGUGGUAACCUCGGGCGAUGCCAAUUUCACUCUGGCCGCACAUGGUGCUCUGGAGGAUGCAAAGAUGUUCCACCCAGAUGCUGAGAAACUGCACAUCUUCCAGACUGGGGUGGGCUGUCGUCUAAUCUCUUUACCCUUCCUCCUUGUCAUAGUCAUCUCUAACCUCCUGGCUAUUCAGUUGUGCUUUUAACACUCCUUGUCCAUCAGGUACCAGGGCUACAAGAGGAGUGUCAGUGAGCCAAGAACCUGUAGCUGCACUGUGACAUACAGCCUAGAGUGAGGUGGACAUCAGCUGAAAGGAAACAGUGCUCUAUCCAGAAUCCGCUAUCAUGGGGGUGGAUCCAAACCGGCGAAAGGCCCCGGUCGUAGAGAAAAGGCCUGGAAAUAGCAGCUCAUGCUUCCUAUUCUCAAACAUGCUGAGGACCGGAUUAGUUGAGUUUUGUUCUGCUCCUGAAUCAUAGUGGAAUUUUCCCAUCGUGGGUUCUGAUUUAUUUUUAUUUGUUAAUAAAAGUGGGGAAACUGCUGCCACAUGGGGAAAAAAACCAUACAGGGACUUAUCUUCUAUUUUCUCUCUUUUUUUCUGAUCAUGUGUCUGAAACCCAGGGUGUGGCUCCUCUGAGCUUCUGCCAAGCUAGUUGUAGCACAAAGAUAGGGGUCCUGCAAAUUACCUUCUUGCUUUUUCUCUACCCUACAUGCACUUCAGUUCCAACAUAGCUGUAGCAGCCUCUUGCUCAGGAACCUGCUAGAGUUAGAAAUGAUUGACCCCAGCCUGGAUUCCAAGCUUUUGGGGGGCAAAAGUUGUUGGUUUCUAGCUUCAGACAUUCUUGUGAGAGCCCCUGCAGAAAUCACAUGGAAUGAAGUAGAAAACUGCAAGAGUGUAACCAGAAUGUCUUGCUCAAGGUUUGAGAUUCCUUGAAUCACUUGGGCUAGGAACAAAUAUUUUCUGCUGUGUUCCCAUUGUUUAGACUCUUGGUAUAAUGCUAACUUGUAGCCAUCUGUCUGCAAAAUGUCAAAUCUCUGAAGUUUCACUUUAAAAUUGUCCUCUAAGCAUUGCCAUUUCUCUCUUUUGGGCACUAAUCUAGGACUGACUAUAGCAAAUCCCAGACUUUGGACCACUGCUGAGUUUCCACAAUACAGUGUCGAGAAAAAUCCAUCUAAUGUUCCCCUUUUUUAGCCCAAGCAUUAUCCGUUAUUCUGUCUCCCAUAGUCCCACAAAAACCCAACCAAGAACACUGGCUUGACUUCAAGAGUAAGGUUAGUAAUGUGGUAAACCCCAGAAGUAGCAAAGGCCAAAGCUAGCAGAUUGCAUCAGUGACUGGGUAAAAUAUUAAGGAAUGUACAUAAAUAUUGCUGUGAGGCUGAAGUUAAAUGUUUAAUAUAUUUGAGGUUUUAAGAGAAGUGAAGUUCGAUUUGUUAACAAAUAUUUUCCAAAUACGAAGACUUGUUUUUAAAAAAAACAGGAUUCAUCCGCUAAACAACUUUGCAAUUCUUGUCCUGCUGAACUGUGAGAGGAAUCACGGAGCUUUGAUUCUACAAACAUGGCAUUUGCAGAAGAGAACAGUCAUUGGGGGAGUCUUGUAGGAUUUGCAAACAUUGUUGCAUGAAAGAAUUUUUAAAAAAGUGUGUGGGAAGGCUUAUCAAACCGUAAAACGAGGUUCAUUUUUAGGGCUCAUGUUUCAAGCCAUAUUUGGUUUAUUUGUCUAGUCCUGCUUUUUCCUGGCUCCUCUGAUCAAAGUCACAGUAAAAGGUAUAGUAUAGGGAGCCUCUGAAGUACUUCUCCCUCACACACCGUCCCCCAUGGGGUGUCUUCUGUAAGAGUUUCUCUGUUUCUUGUACAUUGGCAUCGUUGAGCCAUGAACGUUUGACAUUAAAGGUGUCUAUUUUUGAA